GAAAAGUUUAUAGGUAUCUUUCCGCUAGCACGAACUUCACCCUGUCCAGAUGCAUAUUGAAGCAAGUGUGGACGAGACAUUACUUCGAACUUUGACGUUCGGGUGUUUCCCGAAAAACAUUCUUCUGUUUCAAGACUCUCAAGAUUAUAUUGAACAAAUUGCGUUUGUUGACUAUCAACUUGAACUCCUCAUUCAGAAUGAAUUGCUGGGAGUAGAACUUAGUAAAGCCACUCAAGAGCAAUUUUCCAACGAUGGCAUUGGUGCCAAACUCGAACUGUUGAUUGAGUAUGCGGUAUCCAUUUCUGCUAAUUAUAAUGAUCAUUCUAAGACUUAUCAUCAAAGUUUAUACUAUACAACUGUUUUAUCACACUUGUAUUAUCUCAAUUCCCAGCGUGGGGAGCUUCAAAAGACACUCUCUUCCAUAUAUGUGACCAGCUUGGAAUCGGUCAAUGGUGACAAUGUCAACGGUAAUCAUUCUUCUAGCACUGCGCCCGUAAAGAAGUCGACAUCUGGGGCAGCGGGUAAGACUCAAACAGACGAGUUUAUCAAGUACAUGACUACUAGGUAUAGGGUAAUUCAAGGAUUUUCUGAUUUAGAAAAUUCUAUUACAAUUUGGAAUGAAUAUCUUUCACAAUGGCAACCAUAUUUCUUUAACAAGUCAAAUGUUGCAGCACAUCGAUGGCUUGAAAUUAUGUUUGAUAAGUUUAGUUAUAUCUUAACCACAGAUGGAUCAUCAAAGAUAGAAUUUCAAACUUUAAGACAAAUCCCCUUUGCUGAGAAUAAGAAUUCAUUGAUUGCAUUCUGUAAUUACCUCUCACGUCAUCAGAAUAAAGAACGUAUUGCUUCCAAGUUUAGAAGUGAAUACGGUGGAUGGCUCUCCAAAACCUUGGAGUACCAGGCUACAGAAAAGUUGGACACAUUCCCACAUGCCAGUUCUACCGAAAGUUCAAGAGACUUGAAUUCGUUUGUGGACAAUUUGUUUGAAGGACUUGGAUCAGUUCCAUAUUAUUAUCUUCUUCUCAAGCCUUCACUGGCUAAGAAAUUCCUUAUUCAUGCCAUGCAUCAAACGUAUCAGAGUCAAACUGUUUUGUCUAGUUUCAUCAAGACUCUUUUAGAUCUUAGGGAGUACGACGAAGCGUAUGCGGCCAUGAAAACUUAUGUGAGUUAUAUUGAGAAGGGACAAGAACAACAUAUGGGACAUGUAGACAAUAUUCUUUCGAUCAUUGAAACUUACACGGCUUGCAUUAUUGCAUUUAAUCCUUUAGAAUCAUUCAUAUCAGAAAAGAAUAAAGGCAAGGAAAAGAAAUUUAAAUACACUACCAAUUACAUGGUUGUUAAAUUUUUGCAUCAAUUAGGUGCUGAUCUCAUUAAGUAUUUAGGGAUUUUGGCCGAAAUAUGUGGAUUGUCAUACGAUUUAGAUGAGAAACCGCCACAUACCAACGAAGAAACAAAUGAAGCAAAGGAUCAAGGUUCCAAUAGACUUUCUUUCUUGUACAAGAAAUACAAUAUCAAUGUUCUUUUAGGAGAUAGAUCAUCAUUCAUAGAUUUAAUAUCUAAAGCUUGGUUUUCCUUGGGUAAGUUUGCUCAAUAUUUGGCUACAUAUGAAGCGCCAAAUGAAGAUAAGCUUAAGGGUUUCACAUCUCAAGUAUUAAUGUACUACAAGAAUGGGCUUAUUGUAAACGCUACUGGGAAUUGUGAACUUUUGUUCAAUUAUGCAUUAGCACUUUCUUACAAUAGUUCUUUACAUCUGGCGUCAAAAUUAUGUAAAUUUAUUUUGAAAAAAUACCCUGAAUCUUUCAAAACUUGGAAUUUACUUGUCCUUAUACUUACAUCGUUUGAGUCAUACAAUCCCGAUAAGAUCCAAGAUAAUGAUGACUCGACAACUAUAAUUGAAGAACUGCGUGCUUCAAACUCUACCAAUGGUGGGUGGCCUUCUAGAGAGCUGGAAAAAUUGAUUGCUAAUGCACUUAAUAUUGCUGCAAUUUUUAUUGAAAAAUAUAAUUCAAAGUCUACCUCUGGAGGUGUAACACUUUCCGAAGAAACCAAAUAUCAAAUUAUUCAAUUAAAAUUGACUCAAUUAGCCGUUUGGGAAUCCAUUCAUGGUACUCCUUACAUUUUAGAGUAUUUACCAGAUUUGUUUGAAUUAUUCCAUGAACUUUUUGAUAUUGAUCUUGGCCGUACUGAUCAAGAUGGUAAGGAUAAGCCGAAAUCUAACAUGGAUAGUGCUUGGUCUCAUAGACCUAGUGUGAUAGACCCUAAGGUAAAGGAGCGUCCUGUUGCCAAUGGUAGAACUAAUGGACAUGCUAAUGGAAAUGGGCAUAACAAUGUUGAAAACAAUAGAAGAAAAUCUAAUGAUAUUGAUUUUAUUAGUGAUAAAUUGAAGAAUUUGUCACGCUUAAAGUCACGCGAUAGAAAAGCUCAAUCUGAAUUAUCUAGAAGAGAAAUUGAUAAUGUAACUGAAAGAAGAUUGUUGCAAGAAUUAUGGCUUUGGACAAGUAAUAUUUAUGCUAAAUUGGGAAAUUUUGAAGAAGCUGAACAAUGUAUCGUUGAAUCGGAAACAGUUUAUGAACCUAAUGUGAAAUCAAACGCAAGUUUAGGUUUAUUAACGUCAAAGACUCGUAAAUUUUUAUCGUUGCAAGAAUUUGAGAAAUCUCUUGAAAUAUUGGGUAGAGAAGAAUAUUAUAGUCGUAAGGACUUUGGAACAACAUUAUUGGGUUUGUGUAAACUCUUCAUUAUUGAUGAUGAAGUGGACAAUUCAUUAUUCAUUUCCACUGCAGACAUGAAUGCUGGGGUUAUAAGGUUGAAGAAUUAUUUGGAAAAAUAUACAAAUUGCUGGCCAUAUGGAUCCAACAACCCUGAGGUUUGGUGGUAUCUUAGUUUGAUCUAUGAACGUAUCGACGAUAAGAUCUUGUUGAAUAAGAGUUUGUGGAAGUGUAUAGAUUUAGAAGACUUCAGACCUGUUCGGGCCUUUUCAAGUUCUGCUGCCUUUGAAUUUUCAUGAACAGUUUAAUAUAAUCAAUAAUAUAAUCAAUAUCAUAUGCUUCUUGUUUGAUCUCAAUAUUUUUUUUUUGCUAUUAUGAAUCUCUUUAUUUUUAUAUAUUUAUACACA